UGUGUGGAACUACAAACAUCACUUUGAUGCUCCUCUACUGCCUUUUCUUCUGCUGCUGCUGCCGCUCCUGCAAAGAUGAAUGUGAAAACCCUUCUCAUGGUGCUGCUCCUGGCCUUGGUUGUGAUUUUUGCCUUAGUCUGCGUCUUGUUGACUAGAGGCGAAAAAUACGCACACUGCAGGUACCAGACACAAUAUAUUCUUCCAGAGCAUCUGCAUAGUGAAAGGAGGUGGCUUUUUGCUGAUCUCAGCCAAGAGGAAAUUGUCCACGUGGUACAGUACCUGAAGUCCAGUCUUGGGGUAGUCCUGGAAGAUGCUUCUCGUGCAAAUCCUUCUGGCAACUGCAUUUACUCCAUUGACUUGCAGUUGCCGCCCAAAGCAGAAUCUCUUUCGUACCUGGAUGACAGAGGCAGCCGUCCUCCUAGGCAAGCGCUGGCUGUGGUGUAUUUUGGAAACCAAACACACCCAAAUGUCACUGAGUAUGUGGUGGGCCCACUCCCAGAGCCGACGUAUCACCGGGAUGUGACCGUGGAGAAGUAUGGACGGCAGGUACCGUAUUAUUGCAGGCCACCCCUUAUUGCAGAAUACAAACAGAUGGAAGGUUUCCUGCACAGCGCUGUGUUUCCCAAAGCUCCAAGCUUCAUGCAGGAAGUGCUGGGCUAUGAUGGCACGAAUGUAGCUGCAAUGACAACAUCUCCCCGGGGACUGAAGUCUGGUGACCGUGCAACUUGGCUAGUCCUUUUCCAGAAUGUGACUGGCUACUUCUUGCACCCCAUUGGCCUGGAGGUGCUGUUAGAUCAUAGCAACCUAGAUAGCUCCCAGUGGAGUGUGAAGAAAGUGUUUUACAAUGGCCAGUACUAUAGAGACUUUACACAACUGGAAAGAGAAUUCACAGAGGGUCGUGUGGAUGUGGAGAAGGUGAAAAAGGUUCCAGUUGAUGGAGAUUUUUCCUCCAUGAAGCCCAGGGUGGACCAUGCUGAGCAAGGCCCUUUGAACUAUGAGGUUUCUGAACCGCGCUACCAUGUGAGAAACAACCAGAUUCAGUCCUCGUCCUGGAAUUUUGCCUUUAGGUUAGAUCUCAGCCGAGGACCACAUCUCUUUGAUAUCAGGUUCAAAGGUCAAAGGAUAGUCUACGAGCUCAGCGUGCAGGACACCAUGUCUGUCUAUGGUUCCAAUAACCCUGGUGGGAUGUUGACCCGAUACAUGGAUGCAAGCUUUGGGAUUGGAAAGCACACAUACCCUCUGGUGCGAGGGGUUGACUGUCCUUAUUCUGCAACUUACCUUGAUGUUUCCUCUUUUUUUGAAGCAGAAAAGCCUAGAGUCACCAAGGAUGCCAUCUGUAUUUUUGAGCAAGAUCUGGGGUCUCCACUUCGGCGUCAUUACUCCAAGAUUAAUUCUAUAUACUAUGGGGGGUUGCCUGGCACUGCACUGGUUUUUCGCUCCGUCUCUACCGUUGGCAACUACGACUACAUCUGGGACUUCGUGUUUUAUCCAAAUGGAGCCAUUGAGAGCAAAGUCCACCCCACUGGCUACAUAAGUUCAUCCUUUCUUUAUGGCAGUGGGCUAGAUUAUGGGAAUAAAGUCGGAGGUCAUACCCUAGGGACAAUACACACCCAUUUCUUUGCCUUCAAGGUGGACAUCGAUGUUGGUGGUAAGUCUCUGCCCUGUCCUAUUCCCCAUGCUCUAUAAAUAAGUAAAAUUUAAAAGCCCAAAAAUGUAAAAUGUUCAU